AUUGGGCCGUUGCUAUAGAAGCAACAGGGCAGCAUCGCGGCAGCGAUGAUCCAGAUAGAUCUUUUCCAGAUAGCAGUCAGUGCGUUUCGUAUCGUUUAAAGAAAUUGCCACUUCCAGAAGAACUUACCAGAACAACUGGCUGCAAACAUGUUGGAUUACAGCAUCAUACCUCCAAGUCGUUUUAAUGCCGUAAUCGAACAUCUUCGAGUUAACUUUCCAGAUGAGCCUUUGAAUGCUUCUGUCGGGCUAUGCUUGCAUGGAAUUCCUUGUCCCUUACUGGAACACCAUGACUUGAAAACUAUGCAAGAUGGAAUGUCCAUUAUGGCAGUGGACAAAGAAAAGAACAAGAUUGCUGGUGUGGCUUUGAACGGUACAUCAAAACGAGGCGAAACUGAACAAUCCAUUGAAGAAAUGAAAACCAUCGAAAACCUCGAAUAUCGACGAAUUUUCGGCCUGCUCAACGACGUGAACCUCGAAUUGGAUUUAUUUUCCAAAUACAAUGUGGAUAAGAUAUUUGAAGUGCGGAUAUUGUCCGUCGAUUCUAGUUAUCGAGGCAAGGGCAUAGCAAAAGAGCUAUUUGCUCAAAGUGAAGCUAUGGCCAGAAAAAAUGCAUUUAAGGUGAUGAAAACGGAUGCAACAAGCCUUUUUACGCAGAAAGUGGCAGAAAGCCAAGGCUUUUGGGUGGAAAAAUCCGUAAACUACCACGACUACAAAGACGAACAGGGUAAAAAAAUUUACGACACUCGACCACCUCAUCUGCACUAUAAAGUGAUGGCUAAACUCAUAGAGUGAAUUGGUUUUCCUAAAGUUUUAGUUAUUUUUUAGUUAAAACAGUUGACUGGUUGAAUUUUACUUUGAUAAGAUCAUUGAAGAAGUUCAUAGAUAUUCAGUAAACAACGCUAUAAAAUACUCGGAUUGAAACUCAACAUUUCCGUUUACUUCAAAGUAAUUCAUCGAAAGCCUCUUAAAUGAUCAUGGCAAAACAACCGAUUCCUGUUUGUUGAGUAUAAUUAGAUCAACCCAUCGAUUAUAUGGAGUUUUUGAUAAUUAUGUACAAUUUAUACGUUUGAUAAAAAUGUUGAUGCUGCCACUGCCAUGCAGAAUUAAACAUUUAUAUAUGUAUGUAAUCAAUUUUAGGUGUUAACAUUACGAAGGGAUUCUUUAAACUGGCUAUACAGAACUUGACAUUAGCGGAUUCAUGGAUUUAUUUUAAAUACUUUUUUCGGGCUUUGUUUAGCUAUUUUACUGACAUCCUAUAGCACUGAUUGCAUAGUUUUAUGCUGAAUCAAUUAUGUUUUAUGAGAAAAAAGUGCUUAGUAACACCUGCUUUCAACGUAUUGCAAAAAAACUAUUUGAUUUUUCUAAGCACUAAAAGCGGCAAAAUAUUUUAUAAAGUAAGUUAACAAAAAAACGACAGUGUAAGGCUUUUUUUUCCUUAUUUGUUUCCCUAGUUAUUUUAUAGUCGAUUUGGGAUUAUUUAAAUCAGUUGGAAUGACAAACCUACAACUUUCGUUCGUUUUUUCAUUAUUUGAUUUGCAUCGUUAUUUACCCGAUUUUAUUAGAGACCGUUUCUCUAAAUAACGUUACUAUUAUUUAAUCAUAAUUUUAUAUGAAAGAAAUCAUUUCAUCUGCUUCUUAUAUGAAGAUCAUUCGCCAUGUCUAGAAAAUUACAGAUUUACUGAUGCCGGUUUUUGCAACUUAGUUGAGAUCUGAUUGUUAUAUAAAAGCUAUUUUCCAAAAAUUAUUUUCCUCAACUGCUAUGCUUUGGCUGUAGUUUUUGGAAAUUUUUAAUCUUCAACUUUUUUUGUUAGUUUAUUCGACGGUAUUAAAUGUAGCCAAUAAUCACUGUGUGUUUUCAGUAUUUCCAUAAAUUACAUUCCAUGUGAUUUCCAGUUAAUAGAGUACGUGAAUAGUGGACAAUUAUAAGGGUGUACAUUUUUUAUAAGACAGACGUAUAAUAAAUAUUUUUAGAAAUAAA